UGAUUGAAAACAAAUGUCAUGCGUACAUAUCGUAGACAGUACUUCAGGCAUACUUGUAAAAAAAUUUGGUUGUGAUACGUUAAUUUCUCUCAGUUUUAUACGCCUUUGAAUAUGGAAGAAAACAAAGUGCAUUUUAGGCCUUUUCUUUUAUCGGAAAGGCAAAAAUGCCACACAAGCGGCAAACAAGAUAUGCGCUGUUUAUGGCGAAGGUGCUGUAUCUGAAAGAACUGUGCAGAAGUGAUGCGCUAAGUUUAAAGCUGGAUUUCAAUCUUGAAGAUCAAGAAUGCCCGGGUAGGCCUUCCACGACAGAUGAAGAUCAGAUUAAAACACUGAUCGAGAAUAACCCACACUAUACGACACGUAAAUUAGCAGAAAUGUUGAAUAUGUCAAAAUCCACCAUCCACGAGCAUUUUGUGAAGCUUGGCUACAUAAACUGUUUUGAUGUAUAAGUUCCUCACGAUCUAACAGAGAAAAAUCUGAUGGAUCGCAUUUCCAUUUGCGACUCGCUCUAUAAACGCAAUGAGGAGACACCAUUUUUGAAGCAAGUGAGUGGAGAUAAAAAAUGGAUCAUUUACAAUAAUGUUGAGCGAAAAAGAUCUUGGGGAAAGCGGAAUGAACCACCUUUAGCCACCCCAAAAGCCAGUCUUCAUCCAAAGAAGGUCAUGCUCUGUGUCUGGUGAGAUUGGAAAGGGAUCCUGUAUUAUGAAAUUUUAUCAAACAACGAGACAAUAAAUUCAGAAAAGUAUUGUUCCCAAUUAAACAAAUUGAAGACAGCAAUUGAACAAAAACGUUCAGAAAUAGCGAAUCCGAAGGGCGUCAUGUUUCAUCAGCACAAUGCGCAGUCUCAUGUACCUUUGAUAACUCGACAAAAGUUGUUGGAGCUCAGUUGGGAUGUUCUAUCCCAUCUAUAUUCACCAGAUCUCGCGUCCUCUGAUUUCCACCUAUUUCGAUCAUUACAAAAUUCCCUUAAUGGAAAAAACUUCAACUCUUUGGUCGAGGUAAAAAAUCAUUUAGAAAAGUUUUUCACUGAAAAACUUGAGAGAUUCUGGAAGGAUGGAAUUUUCAAAUUGCCUGAAAGAUGGAGAAAGAUAGAACAGAAUGGCACCUAUAUAAUUUAAUAAAUGUAUACUAA